CCCAAUUUUCGGCCUCCCCACGUCUUUCUUCUAGCGUCGUGUCGCUCUGUGUCAGAUUCUUGCCGGUACUGGUGAGUCAAUCAGCGUGAAAAAUGCGCUCAAUUGGUCUUCUCAGCCUUGUUGCCGUCGCACAAGCCGCCUGUCCGUAUAUGACUGGCGAGCUCACCCGGCGUGAUGAUUCCGACGCCUCUGAAACCACUGAGGAGUUUCUCUCCCAGUACUACCUCAACGACAAUAACACCUAUCUCACCAGUGACGUAGGCGGUCCUAUCGAAGACCAGAACAGCCUCAGCGUCGGUGAGCGUGGUCCCACCUUGCUGGAAGACUUUAUCUUUCGCCAAAAGAUUCAACGUUUCGACCAUGAGCGAGUUCCCGAACGUGCUGUUCAUGCUCGUGGAACAGGUGCCCAUGGUGUGUUUGUUUCCUACGGAGACUACUCCAAUCUCACGGCUGCCUCCUUUCUUUCUGAGAAGGGGAAGGAGACACCUGUGUUUGUACGCUUUUCUACUGUCGCGGGUAGUCGCGGUAGCUCGGACUUGGCUCGUGAUGUUCAUGGUUUUGCAACUCGUUUCUACACCGACGAGGGCAAUUUUGACAUUGUGGGAAACAACAUCCCUGUAUUCUUCAUUCAGGAUGCUAUCCAAUUCCCGGAUCUCAUUCAUGCAGUCAAGCCUCGGGGUGACAAUGAAAUCCCUCAGGCUGCCACGGCACACGACUCCGCCUGGGAUUUCUUCAGCCAGCAGCCCAGCUCAUUACAUACACUUUUUUGGGCGAUGUCUGGCCACGGUAUUCUACGAUCGUUCCGAUUCACUGAUGGAUUCGGAGUUCACACCUUCCGCCUGGUUACAGACAGCGGUGCAACUAAACUGGUGAAGUUCCACUGGAAAACAUUGCAAGGUAAGGCCAGUCUGGUCUGGGAGGAAGCCCAGCAGGUAUCGGGUAAGAAUCCCGAUUUCCUGCGCCAGGAUCUCUACGAGGCCAUCGAGGCAGGCCGUUACCCCGAGUGGGAGCUCGGCGUACAAAUUAUGGAUGAAGCCGACCAGCUGCGUUUUGGCUUUGAUCUUCUUGACCCGACCAAGAUCGUUCCAGAGGAAUAUGUUCCUAUCACAAAGCUGGGCAAAAUGACCCUCAACCGCAAUCCUCGCAAUUACUUUGCGGAGACCGAGCAGGUUAUGUUCCAACCCGGUCACAUCGUCCGUGGUGUCGACUUCACCGAGGACCCUCUUCUCCAGGGGCGUCUCUUCUCCUACCUUGACACCCAGCUGAAUCGGCACGGCGGGCCCAACUUUGAGCAACUGCCCAUCAACCAGCCUCGUGUGCCUGUCCACAACAAUAACCGUGACGGUGCCGGCCAAAUGUUCAUCCCCCUCAACCCCAACGCCUACAGCCCGAACACCCUCAACAGCGGGUCUCCGAAGCAAGCCAACCAGACUGUUGGCAAUGGCUUUUUUACAGCCCCCCGGCGUGUUGCCAAUGGAAACUACCUUCGCAGCACCUCUCCUACAUUCUCUGAUGUUUGGUCUCAGCCCCGACUCUUUUACAACUCCCUCUCGCCCGCAGAGCAGCAAUUUGUGAUUGACGCAAUCCGCUUCGAGAACGCCAACGUACAAAGCUCUGUCGUUCGGGAGAAUGUUGUCCUCCAGCUUAAUCGCAUCUCCAACGAUAUUGCCCGUCGUGUGGCCCGCGCCAUUGGCGUGAGUCCUCCUGCUCCUGACCCAACUUACUACCACACCAACACCACGGCUGGGGUCGGCAGCUUCGGCACCCCGCUGAAAAAGCUGGACGGCCUCAAAGUCGGCUACCUCGCUUCCGUUCAGAGCCCUUCUUCUAUAGCCGGUGCCAAAACUCUCACCGACUCUCUGGCCAAGAAGAACGUUGACGUGGUUGUUGUGGCGGAGCGUCUCGCUAGUGGUGUCAGCCAGACCUACUCCGCCUCCGAUGCCAUUCAAUUCGAUGCACUGGUUGUCGCCCCCGGAGCGGAGAGUUUGUUUGCAGCUACCUCGUUGACUGCUCCUCAGGGCAACGCCACGACUUUGUAUCCGGCGGGCCGUCCGCUGCAGAUCCUCGUUGAUGGGUUCCGCUUCGCAAAGCCCGUUGCCGCGCUGGGAAGUGGGUCCGGAGCUCUGAAGAGUGCAGGCAUUGCGACCUCGAGAGACGGAGUCUACGUUGCAGACGAGGCAUCGGACUCGUUCUUUGAUAAGUUCACUGAGGGACUAAGGACAUUCAAGUUCUUGGACCGGUUUGCCGUUGAUAAUUAGGCGAUGAGCUGUGGUGGCAUCCCUUCUGAGUAUGCCUUGGUAGGAGGAGUGGGCGGCAUCUGUCUAUUCGCCUAUAUCGGUCGCUCUGUCCAUUGCUCGGCUAGGUAACCGCUGCCAAUGGUAAAUUGAUGACGGAAAAUAAGCUGAUAUGGGCGCUGCCCUGACCGACUAAUCUUUGAUGUAAUUAUUAUUAGCAUUAGCCUUGCAAAUAUGAGCACAACUUCUGUUUCCUACAUUAUC